AUGACGAUGACGCAGACGAUGACGAAGCUGGUGAUGUUGCUCAUCCUCGGCACACUCGUCUCCGCAUUCGAUCUCUCCCAGCUCGCAGCAAACACGAACUGCAUCGGGCCCACGCUGAUCGCAAACACGUCCAUCGUCGUCCCGGGCAACAAGUGCGUCGUCCUCUCGACCCUCCAGUGCGCCUCCUUCGCGCCCUCCUCCCACUUGACCGCCACCGCCAACGCGAAGGCCGUGCCCGCCCCGAUCAUCCGGCAGAGCGUGUGGCACGCGCCCCCCAUCUGCGGCCUCUGCAACGCCUGCUUCCCCCCCUUCCCCUUCCCCCCCAAGCCCAAGCCCACCACCACAAAAAAGACGACGACGUCCACCUCCCAUAGCACAUCACACUCGACCUCCACCACACACACCUCCACACAUACUUCCACGUCAACACACACCACCACCCACACCACCACCAAGUCCACCACUACUACCAAGUCCACUACAGCCGCCCCGUCCCCGACCCCCACAGGGCCCGUGCAUGUAUGCGGCGCCCCGUGCACCACAUCGUGCAACAGCGACGCAGGCAUCCUCCCCCCGCGCGACGAGGACUGCGACACCAUCGACAUCGCUAUCCAGAUCUUCGCCGCCCAGCAGCCCGCCUCCUUCGUCGUCGCCCCCCAGCACGUCGAGACCCUCACCUUCGGCUCCUGCGCCUACUUCUUCGUCAACUUCAACGCCCCACCCGCCGCCCUCACUAACACGGGAUCAAGCGCAGACGUCGAGGCGUGCUGGUCCGACUUUACCCGCACAUCCCCCGCCAUCCGCGCCGCGUGCUUCCCCCCCGCGCAGCCCUUCUCCUCCGAAGGCCUCUGUCUCUCCCUCCCCGGUUCUGGUGGCGGAGGUGCGGGGUCGUGGGGCAUCGGCGCGGCGCAUUCGUGA